GGCGGGGGGGAGGGGGCAAGGGAGGGAAUGUGGCGGGGCCGCCAUGGCGGCCGAAGAAGCGGAUGUGGACGUCGAGGGAGACGCGGUGGGCCUGGCCCCGCGCGGAGAAAACUACCUCGAUUCCUCCUGGAGGGCGGACGGCGGCCCGAUGCCGUGGGCCCUGGACGGCACCAUCAGCGAGGAGAACAGGGUCGCCAUCGAGAAGAUGCUCCUGGAGGAACAGUACUACCUGUCUUCGGACAGAUCCGCCCCCGGUCGCCGCUGGCCGGCUCGGAGAGAAGGCGGCGGGAAAACCGCCAGAAGCCCAGUGAAGAAACCCGGAAAACUUGCGGCCGCCUCUCCCGUCAGACCGGCCGGCGGCGCGGCCAAGUGGACGGCGGAGGAGAGGGACCUGUUCGAACACGGCCUGGCCAGAUUCGGCCGCAGGUGGACCAAGAUCGCGAAGCUGAUCCCCGGCCGCACCGUUUUCCAAGUGAAGGGUCACGCUCGCCAGUACUUUAAGAAUAAGGCCAAGUCGGAAGGGCCCCGGAGAGCGGCCGCCGCCCCCGCCGCCGUGGGGAAGAAGGAGGGUCCGGCGCGGGACGCCCGCCCUCCGGGGCCGCGCCGACCCAACCUCAACGCCGUGAGGAAUCGAGCAGCUGUCCGGCGACGAGGACGUGGACAUCACGGACGAGGCGGACGAGGGAGGCGGGGAGGCCGGGCCGCCGCCCCCGAGACCCGCUCCCGCUCCACGAGGACGCUCCGGGGGACCCCGCCGUCCGACCCGCGGGCGGCCCUCCCCGGGGGCGGCCGGAGAGAGCUCGCCCACCGCCGCCCCGGGAGCCCGCCGGCCGCCGGCGGAGGCGAGGCGGCGCGGCCGCCCCCGGACGCGGGAAGCGGCGAUGACAGGAGCGUCAUCGGGGAUGAGGAGAAGCGGGCCGUCCCCGAGUUCUUCGAGGGCGCCACGACCAAGACCCCCGAGCGCUACCUGAAGAUUCGGAAUUACAUCUUGGAUCAGUGGGAGAGGAGCAAGCCCCGCUACCUGAACAAGACGUCGGUGCGGCCCGGCCUGAAGAGCUGCGGGGACGUCAACUGCAUCGGGAGGAUCCACGCCUACCUGGAGUCCGUCGGCGCCAUCAAUCGCGGCUGCGACCGGGCCGGGAACCACCGCGUCCAGCACGCCGCCGCAGCGCGCCCCCGACCCGGCCGGGACCCGGCGGGGACGCCGCAGCCGGUCCAGCGCCUCCAGUCCGCGCGUGCUCGGCGGCGGCGGGUCCGGGACCCCCGGGGGAGCCGGCGUGACGCCCGGGACCUCGAAGGACGGACGUUCGAGCACCCGUCGGCCGAGGAGCGGACCCGGAGGCGGGACGACGAGGAGGAGGAGGAGGAGGAGGAGGAGGAAGAGCCGGCGGCCGGUCGGGCCAGGCCGCCCAAGGGGUCGAGAGCGGCAAAGAGCGCCUUCGACCCCUUCCAGCUGAUCCCCUGCAGCUCCUUCACGGCGGAGAAGCCGGAGCCGUUCCAGGUGAAGGUGGCCUGCGAGGCGCUGCUGGUCAUGGACCUGCACGCUCACACGUCCAUGGCCGAGGUCAUCGGGCUCCUGGGGGGCCGGUUCUCGGAGGCGGACCGGCUGCUGGAGAUCUGCACCGCGGAGCCCUGCAGCAGCCUGAGCACCGGCCUCCAGUGCGAGAUGGACCCCGUGUCGCAGACCCAGGCCUCGGAGGCGCUGGCCGCCGCGGGCUACGCCGUCAUCGGCUGGUACCACUCCCACCCCGCCUUCGACCCCAACCCCUCCCUGCGGGACAUCGACACCCAGGCCAAGUACCAGAGUUAUUUCUCCAGGGGAGGGGCCAUGUUCGUCGGGGUGAUCGUCAGCCCGUACAACCGCAACAAUCCGCUGCCCUACUCCCAGGUCACCUGCCUGGUCAUCAGCGACGAGACCAGCCCGGACGGCUCCUACCGUCUGCCCUACCAGUUUGCCAUGCGGCAGAUGCCGGAAGAACCGCGCUGGGAGCUGGUGUUCCAGAAGACCAGGUGGAUAAUAGAGAAGUACCGGCUGUCCCACAGCGGCGUGCCCAUGGGCAAGAUCUUCCACCGGGCGUCCGACCUCACCUGCCUGCAGAAGCUGCUGGCGAGCCUGCGGAAGACGCUGGGAGGGCCGCCCCGCCGCUUCCCGGCGGAGGAGUUCCUGAGCCGCGUCCAGAGCUUGUUCCUGGCCGCUUCCCGGGCCGGGCCGCCCGCCCCGCCCGCCGCGGGAAGCCGCCCCGGGAGCCCCCGGCGAGGAGCGCCGUGACGGCCCGGGGAGGGG